ACCCAUCGCGUGCGUGAUCUACCGGCAACAGAUACAUUGAGUUGGAACAAAGAUUAAGACAUCAACAAGCGCACAAUCCCUGAUCUAUUCAACACGCUUACCGCUCGUGUCAUCUCCCUCCAUCCCUUGACAAAAAUAGACGACCAUCAAACACCGAGCGCAAGGGGCUCACUGACACCAGCUUUUCGAAUGGCUGCGUCUCAGCUCUACAUGCCAGGGACAGCGUCUGCCUAGCUUUAAGUUUCUUCCUGCCUCGUUUUCUGUUUGUCCCCUGGCGCAACAGCGAACAUAAAGUGCUCCCAGGUCCAUUCUCCAGAAAUCGUCCUGAGUUACUUCUUUUUCCUCUAAGCCAUACGAAGCUCCUAGAAUGAAGUUCACACUGCCUGCCAUUCUUCUCCUCGCCGCCGUGGCUACGGCUGAGUCCGUGCUCGACUAUAGUGACGGCAUCCCUCUCUGCUGCAGCAACACUGACAAGAUCGAGGAGGCCGGUGACGACGUCAUCCAGCAAGUGACCAGUGCUUUUGUCGGUGCGGGCGGCGGUGCUUGGGACUUGGGUGAUCGGGUUGCGGGUGAAUGCAUCCCGGCAUUUCCCACGGACUGGAGCUACGAGCGCGAGAAUUGCACGGACGGGUUGAAGCCUGUCUAUUGCAAGAAGCAUGCCCACUGGACUUUGACCCUAAACGGAACAUCGGUCUCGCGGAACGUGCACGGGCAGUGCCACCUGUAGGGGAUAGGAAAUCAAACUCAAAGACUGACCUGAACUGUGAAGCGCCAAUCCCUCCCUACUAGUGUGAAAUGGCCAUGUAGUUUUUUCGGGUGUCAAUGGGAUGCACCUGGCAGAACAAGUAGCAGGUUGUUAACGGGGCAGUCAACACCCCGGUUUUGUCCGCGUCAUCGCCUUUGCAUCCACAUUUCAAGGCCCCUUUGGUGUGCCCUUGCCUUGCCGGGGAUCCUUAGCGAAUCCUCAGUACGAGGUAAAAUACAGUACCUCCCUGACCUAGCCCUGAGGUACAGUACUACCCAGUACGUACUACAGUACGUACUGUACCAGGACGUGGGGGGACUGGGGGUCGGACAGGCUGUUGAGGGCGGCCGAUAAAAGGAGUGA